CUUCCUGCAAUGAAAAUAACAGGGCGGACAGCCUUCUAGUUCUCUAUAAACAGACCCACUCCUUCCUCCUCUUCCCCACCACCGCUCUCCAAACAAGAUAGCAAGAAGUAAAAGAAUAAAAUGGCAAUUGGUCGAGAGCAAGGGAAAGCUGCCUACUUGGAGGAGGCAGGAGCCUUCGAGAUCUCCGCAAGCCGCCGCGACGAUCUGGACGACGAUGGAAGAGCCAAAAGAACAGGGAACUUUGUGACUGCUAGUGCCCAUAUCAUAACAGCAGUAAUCGGCUCUGGCGUUCUGUCGCUGGCCUGGGCCAUCGCACAGCUUGGCUGGGUUGCCGGACCAGCGGUGCUCGCCGCCUUCUCCCUCAUCACCUGGUUCUGCUCUUCUCUUCUUGCCGACUGCUAUCGCUCUCCUGACCCCGUCCAUGGCAAGAGGAACUAUAGCUACAUGUCUGCUGUCAAAGCUAAUCUCGGGGGCGUGAAAUUCAAACUUUGUGGACUGGCCCAGUAUGUGAAUCUUGUCGGGGUGACCAUAGGCUACACAAUCACAACAGCUAUCAGCAUGGCGGCCGUUAAGAGGUCUAAUUGCUUCCACCGGCACGGCCACCGUGCGGCUUGCAAAGUAUCGAAUACAACAUACAUGAUUGCUUAUGCCUGCAUACAGAUAGUACUGUCUCAAAUACCAAACUUCCACAAGCUUUCAUGGCUAUCUCUCGUCGCUGCCGUCAUGUCGUUUGCCUAUUCUUCUAUUGGCCUCGGUCUCGCUAUUGCCAAGAUAGCAGGUUCAAAUGCGAGGACUAGCUUAACUGGAGUAACCGUUGGAGUUGAUGUAACUGGAACUGAGAAGGUCUGGAGGACGUUUCAAGCUCUGGGAGACAUAGCCUUUGCUUACUCUUUCUCUAAUGUUCUGAUUGAGAUCCAGGACACACUGAAAUCAAGUCCUCCAGAAAACCAGGUGAUGAAGAAGGCCACCUUUGUUGGUGUUACAACCACAACCAUCUUCUACAUGCUGUGUGGAGUGUUAGGCUAUGCCGCAUUUGGAAACGAUGCACCGGGCAAUUUCCUCACUGGAUUCGGCUUCUACGACCCGUUCUGGCUCGUCGAUAUCGGGAACAUCUUCAUUGCCAUCCAUUUGAUCGGUGCUUAUCAGGUGUUCUGCCAACCAAUCUUUCAGUUUGUAGAGGGCCUGGCCCAAAGCCGAUGGCCAGAUAACUCUUUCGUCACAAGCGAGCGCAUAAUCAAACUUCCAAUGCUGGGCGACUAUCCCUUUAGCUUCUUCCGUUUGGUCUGGAGAACAUCUUAUGUAAUUGUGACAGCAGUGGUUGCUAUGAUCUUUCCCUUCUUCAAUGACUUUCUUGGAUUGAUUGGAGCUCUCGCCUUCUGGCCUUUGACGGUCUUCUUCCCUGUUGAGAUGUACAUAAAACAAGCAGAUAUCAAGCGGUGGUCGAAGACAUGGAUUUGGCUUCAGAUCUUGAGCAUGACUUGUCUCAUGAUAUCCAUUGCUGCAGCUUGUGGGUCAAUUCAGGGGCUCAUCCAUGCACUUGCAGGUUACAAACCAUUCAAGAGCUAGUAGUUCUGAGCUCAUAGAUUCGCAUAUUGAACAGUAGAAAAGAGAAGCAUUUGUAGUUCUGUAACUUCUAUACAGAGUUGACAUCCACCUAAUAAUCUGAUUAAAUUAAGCUGUAAGUUGGAGCUAGUAAUGAAAAAUUUGGCUUCAAACGCAAAUGGUAUAAGAAAAUACUGAAAAGUAGUCUUGUCUGAUCGCAAUCCUUAGUGGGGUGCUACAGGGCCCAUAAAAGAAUCUUUUUUUGUUUCAUCUCUCAAUCAUUUCUUCCAUGUUCAGCAAUAGAGGACCGUUAUAAAUCAAAAUAUUGAGUUGAUGAA